CGCUGUUUGGCGUCUACUUGCUUGGAAACAGAGAUUGCAGGCAGAAGUCACGCAAGUCACUGAUGUCUAUUUUAAGAUGGAGAAAAGCAACACUCAGUUCACACAGCCUUGGGGGAGAGGUCUGCACCCACGGCCUCCGAGCACCCUGCCCCGCUCAAGCGCCCAUGUACAGGGCAUCGCAUCCAGGAAGGGCAGCGGCCGGCAGCACUCCUCCAGGAAGCCCCCCGUGAUUAAACAGAGGGGGUUCUAUUCUGAUGUCAUCGCUCCCGAAGCAGCACCGCUGUUGGAGCCUUAUAUGGAGGGACCUGAGGUUCACCAGAGUCUAUUAUGUCAAACUGGCUAUGAGCAACAUCUACCAAAAGCUACAACAUUCCAUGCACCUGAACACGUCUCGGAUGAGACGCCACAUGGACCCUCUACUGAGGUCCUUCACAAGUCUGACUUCCCACUGUCAGGAUAUACGGCCAAGGUCCAGCUGCCAUUUGAUGUGACACCGGGACUCACACCUCGCAAAAUCGAGAUUGAGAGACGGAGACAGAAAUACCUGUCUCUGGAUGUUUCUGAGCUGCUGAAAGAUCAAGGGAUAGAUUCCAAUAAGCUAAUGCCAAGGCAUCGUGAUUCUGGAGCACAGAUAAUGAUUGAAGAGAGGAGUGAAUCACCUCCACCUGUUUACCUGCCUUUGGAGGUGUUUGAUGAUGAGGAGUUUGACUGCCGGACUCCGUCGGACUGGCUGGCUCUUGGAGUGGAGCCUGGUUCCAGGGACCGGAAACCAGUUCCGGGAAAAGCACUGCUCCCUCAUAGUGAUCUCAUCGGACACACAGACCCAAAAAGUGCUCAUUUGACCUACUCCUGGUACCAUGUUGGUGUUCUGGAUUACAACAAGGAGAACAAACUCUACCUGGUUCAUAAAACCGAUACCAAGGGGCUUGUGAGAGACCACCACGGGAAGCCCAUUAUCUAUAGAGGACAAUCUACUAAAGAAGAGAGAACGCUGCUGCCCUGCCAGUACUGGGUGCCCCGAAUCCAGCUGGCCUUCUCUGCAGAGGACCCCUGCAACUUCGUCAAUCGAGUCAUGAGCGCACACCGCCGGCGCCAGAGGACUGAGGCGCUGCUGCUGUACAACCUGUAUGUUGACUGCAUGCCAGUGGAUGGGAGGAGGUCUGUGGACAAAGACAGCCUGCAGAGAAUUAAAAAACGGGCCGUUACCACCCCCGGACUCAGGCAGAGCGUGAUACAAGACUGCCUGGAUCUCCUUGAGAAGGAGAUUGUUAUCGACUAUAACCGCACAAUGAACAAGAUUUGCUUCAAUAAAGUUGUGACUUCUCAUAGAGAGCAGUUUUCUUAUGUCACCUUGCCUAAAACAAGAAUUGCAAAGGUGCCAGAGAAAGGGUUUGUGGAUGUCCCAGACUACCCAUUCGCUGAGAACAGAAAAGCCUUCUAUUUUACCUCUCUGCUGACAAAACCCGAGACGAUUGCCGCUGAGUCCAAAGUGCGCGCCGAGUGUAACAAAGUUGCGGCCAUGUCUCUGUUCCAUGUGAACCUGACCAAGUGCCUCCGUCUGGAGGAGUUUGAGCAGAUCCAGUCCCAGACAUAUUCACAGGUGCAGCUGUUUCUGAAGGACAGCUGGGUGAACACCCUGAAGAGCGGCGUGCGGUCCAGCCUGCAUGACGUGGGGAAGGGCUGGUAUAGCCUGCACGAGUCCAGCUGGGAGGUGUACCGCAUGUCCAAGCUCUACAAGCUGAUGGAGCGCAUCAAGUUCAGCCUGCAGGACUCCCUGCGCUUCCUGGUGCAGGACUCCCUGGUCAACUUGACGCAGCUCCUCCUGGACGCCUGCCACAGCGUGCUCUGCUGCCCCGAUGACAUGGACUGGGGCAGCGACCUCAUCAACAGCCCCUUCAAGCCCAAAAGGAACCCCUUGUUUUUUGUGGACCUGGUGCUGGAUAAGUCUGGGGUUCACUUCAGCACCCCAAAGGAGAAUUUUGAGAGGUCCCUCUUAGCCCUGUUUGAUAAAGGAAUCCUGGCAACACACAACGUUCCUCAGCUGGAGAAGCUCGUGCUGAAGAACAUGUUCAUCAGUGGGGUCCCCCUGCUGGAGUCAGUGGGGCUGCACGAGCCCCCUGUGGAGGAGCUGCGCGAAGGCAUCCGCAGCGCCAUCCGCAAAGCCUUGAUCCCGCUGAGCGCCUACGCCAAGCAGUACGAGAGGCACCUGGAGCUCAGCAACAUGGACAUCGACCACUUCAUUAAGUCGUACAUUAAGCAGGAGCGCACUGUUCAGGAUGUGAAGAAGGACGUCUACAUGCACCUGGCUGAGAAGGAGCUGCUGGACAACACCCUGCCCUCCUCCAUCAUCAUCGGACCCUUCCUUGUCAACGUGGAGACGGUGCGGCAGACCCUGUCCAAGAAGCGCAAAGCCCUGGCCAACGCCAUCCUCGACCAGCUGGCAUGUAAACUGCGCAAGCAAAUCGAAGCUGCUUGUGAGGAGUGUAAAGCCAUCAGCAGGAAGCUGUAUGAGAAGCCAAGCAGCAUUGAGGAGCUGGCGGAGCUGAGAGAAUGGAUGAAGGGGAUCCCUGAGCAGAUGAAGAUGCACGAGGAACUCACUUCCAAGUUGAUGUUGGACUAUGAAUUGAUCGAUGAGUUCUUUUACAACCUCUCUGCAGAGGAUUUCAAUUUAAAAUGGACUGCAGUUGGCUGGCCUGGUAAAAUUGAUAAGCAAAUAGAAAGCAUUCAGCUCCAGCACGAAGAGGACGAGGAGCGGUUUAAUAAAAUACAAGCUGUGGAUCAGAGCAACUUCAAUGAGAAGCUGGAAACAAUGCAGAUGCUCGUGGCGGGAUUCUCAGCCUACACAGACAUCAGCCGCGCUCACGAGGUUGCGAACGAGGUGAGGAGGGUGAGCAAGCAGCUGAAGGAGUCCCAGCAGCUGGCCCAGCUUUACAACAACAGGGAGCGUCUCUUCGGCAUGCCUGUGACUAAUUAUGACAGGCUGCUGAAGCUGACCAAGGACUUCCAGCCGUUCCGGGACCUUUGGACCACCACGUCGGAUUGGCUGCGCUGGCACGAGAGCUGGAUGAACGACCCGCUCACCACCAUCGAUCCCGAGCAGCUGGAGAAGAACGUCAGCGAGUCCUUCAAGACCAUGCACAAGUGCGUCAAGCUGUUCAAAGACAUCCCAGCUUGUCAGGAUGUGGCCACGGAUAUCCGUGGAAAGAUCGAGGAGUUCCGGCCCUACAUCCCAUUGAUCCAGGGGCUGAGAAACCCUGGCAUGCACAACCGGCACUGGGAGCUGCUGUCGCAGAGCAUCCAGAUGAACAUCAAGCCCAAGGCCAACUUCACAUUCUCCAGGUGCCUGGAGCUCAAGCUGCAGGACCACAUCGAGGCCAUCGCGAAGGUGGCUGAAGUAGCGGGGAAGGAAUAUGCUAUAGAGCAGGCACUGGACAAGAUGUUGAAGGACUGGUCUACGGUCACUUUCGAAGUUUUACCCUACAAGGAGACUGGGACCUUUAUCCUGAAGAGUCCGGACGAGGCGUCCCAGUUGCUGGACGACCAUAUUGUGAUGACCCAGAGCAUGUCCUUCUCCCCGUUCAAAAAACCCUUUGAGGGGCGGAUCAGCACAUGGGAGAGCAAGCUGAGAAUCACACAGGAUGUGCUGGAGGAGUGGCUGACAUGCCAGCGCUCCUGGCUCUACCUGGAGCCCAUCUUCAGCUCCGAGGACAUCAACCGGCAGCUCCCAGUGGAGAGCAAGAGGUACCAGACCAUGGAGAGGACCUGGAGGAAGAUCAUGAAGAACACCAAUGAGAACAGACAGAUUAUUGAACUCUGCCCUGAUCUGCGGUUGCUGGAGAACCUGAGAGAGUGUAACAAACUCCUUGAGCUGGUGCAGAAGGGACUGAGCGAGUACCUGGAGACCAAGAGGGGGGCCUUCCCAAGAUUUUACUUCCUGUCAGAUGAUGAGCUACUGGAGAUCUUGUCCCAAACGAAAGAUCCUACUGCUGUGCAGCCCCACCUCCGCAAAUGCUUUGAAAAUGUGGCGCGGCUGAAGUUCCAGCAGGACCUAAAGAUCACCCACAUGUACUCUGGAGAGGGGGAGGAAGUGGAGCUGUGCAGACCAGUCUAUCCCUCAGGCAAUGUGGAGGACUGGCUCCUCGAAGUGCAGAAGUCCAUGAAGGCCAGUGUGCGGGACAACAUUGAGCGAUCCCUGAAGGAGUACCCCAAGAAACCUCGCACAGAGUGGGUACUGUCCUGGCCUGGGCAGGUGGUCAUUGCUGGGUGUCAGACGUUCUGGACAGCAGAGGUGUCGGAGGCUCUGGAGAAGGGAGAUCUGACUAGUAGACUGUACCCAGUGCUCGGGGCUCAGCUCAACGACCUUGUUGCGCUGGUCAGAGGAAAGCUGUCCAAAAUGCAGAGAUCCGUGCUGUCUGCGCUGAUCGUGAUUGAAGUGCACGCAAAGGAUGUGGCAGCCAGACUGGUGGAAGAGAAUGUGCAGGGCGUCAAUGACUUUGAAUGGAUCAGCCAGCUCAGAUAUUACUGGACCAGAGAGGACCUAUACAUCCGUGCAGUGAAUGCUGAAUUCCUCUAUGGCUACGAGUACCUGGGAAACUCCGGUCGCCUGGUCAUCACUCCCCUCACAGACAGGUGCUACGUGACAUUGACCGGAGCUCUGCACCUGAGGUUCGGUGGGGCCCCAGCAGGUCCUGCUGGCACCGGGAAGACAGAGACCACCAAAGACCUGGGGAAAGCACUGGCCAUUCAGACCGUGGUGUUCAACUGCUCGGACCAGCUGGACUUCAUGGCCAUGGGCAAGUUCCUAAAAGGAUUGGCCAGCUCUGGCGCCUGGGCGUGUUUUGAUGAGUUUAACCGGAUCGACGUGGAAGUCUUGUCAGUCGUGGCUCAGCAGAUCACAACCAUUCAGAAAGCACAGCAGCAGCGGGUGGAGCGGUUUUUGUUUGAAGGGGUGGAGAUCCCCCUCGUAGCCUCCUGUGCAGUCUUCAUCACCAUGAACCCGGGGUACGCUGGGAGGACCGAGCUACCUGACAACCUGAAAGCGUUGUUCCGUCCAGUGGCUAUGAUGGUCCCAGACUACGCUAUGAUCGCGGAAAUCUCCCUGUACUCUUUUGGGUUCAACAAUGCCAAAGUUCUGUCCAAGAAAAUAACAACCACUUUCAAACUGUCAUCGGAGCAGCUGAGCUCCCAGGAUCACUAUGACUUUGGGAUGAGAGCUGUGAAGACUGUCAUCUCCGCAGCUGGAAACCUAAAGAGGGAGAACCCCACCAUGAACGAGGAGCUGAUCUGCCUGAGAGCGAUCCGUGACGUCAAUGUGCCCAAGUUCCUUCAGGAUGACCUCAAACUGUUCAACGGCAUCGUCUCUGAUCUCUUCCCCAAGAUUCAGGAGCAGGCCAUCGACUAUGGCAUCCUGGAGCAGUCCAUCCGCAAAGUCUGCAAAAGCAAAUGCUUGAAAGACGUUGACAGUUUUAUCACUAAGUGUAUUCAGCUGUAUGAAACCACAGUUGUACGACAUGGCCUGAUGCUGGUGGGCCCCACUGGAUCUGGUAAAACAAAGUGCUACGAAGUGCUGGGAGCAGCACUGACAGCUUUGAAAGGGCAGCCGUCAGUCAGUGGAGGAACGUAUGAAGCUGUCUGUACCUCCAUUCUGAACCCCAAGUCUAUCACCAUGGGGCAGCUAUACGGGGAGUUCGACUUGCUAACUCACGAGUGGACUGACGGGAUACUGUCUUCCCUGAUCCGAGGUGGGGCUUCAGCCAGCGACCCUGACAAGAAAUGGUACAUGUUUGAUGGGCCAGUUGACGCAGUUUGGAUUGAGAACAUGAACACCGUGCUGGAUGACAACAAGAAGCUGUGUCUGAGCUCGGGAGAAAUCAUCAAGCUUACAGAUGUGAUGACGAUGAUGUUCGAGGUGCAGGACCUGGCCGUGGCGUCUCCGGCGACCGUGUCACGCUGUGGGAUGGUUUACCUGGAGCCCAGCAUACUGGGACUGAAGCCCUUCACCGAGUGCUGGCUGAGGACCAUCCCAGAGAUCAUGCAGCCCUUCACCCAGCAGUUCAUAGAUCUGUUUGACAAGUUCCUGCAGGACUCCAUUGCUUUUGUUCGUAAGUCGGUGAAGGAGGUGAUCACUUCAACAGACAGUAAUCUGGCCUGCAGCAUGCUCAGAAUCCUGGACUGUUUCUUUCAACCCUUUGUUCCCAAGGAGGGGGAGAAGGGGCUGCCCCAGGAGAAGCUGUCCCGCAUUUCAGAGCUGAUCGAACCCUGGGUCAUCUUCUCUCUGGUGUGGAGUGUGGGGGCUACUGGAGACGCCAACAGCAAUGUGGGGUUCAGCAAGUGGCUGAGAGACAAGAUGAAGGAGGAGGGGAUCAUGCUGUGUUUCCCAGACGAAGGCCUGGUUCAUGACUACAGGCUCAAUGACGCUGGAAUCAGCAGCACAGCUGAUGAUGAGGAUGAGGAAGGAGGAAGCAGACAAGUGCGCUGGGUGAACUGGAUGGAGUCGGCCCCCACAGUCGUGAUCACCCCCGAAACCAGCUACUCUGACAUCAUCGUCCCGACGCAGGACACUGUCCGCAUGUCCUACAUGAUGGACAUGUUGCUCAGGAACAAAAAACCUGUGCUGUGUGUCGGGCCGACAGGUACCGGCAAGACCCUGACUGUUUCAGACAAGCUGCUGAAGAACAUGCCGCAGGAAUAUGUGAUCCACUUCCUGAUGUUCUCAGCCCGGACCUCCGCCAACCAGACACAGGACUUCAUCGACAGCAAGCUGGACAAGAGGCGCAAAGGUGUCUUUGGCCCCCCUCUGGGGAAGUAUUUCAUUUUCUUCAUUGAUGACUUGAACAUGCCAGCCCUGGAGACGUACGGCGCCCAACCCCCGAUCGAGCUCCUGCGACAGUGGAUGGACCACCGGGGCUGGUACGACAGGAAACAGAUCGGAACCUUCAAGCAGCUGGUGGAUAUUAACUUUGCUUGUGCCAUGGGCCCCCCUGGUGGGGGCAGGAACCCCAUCACCAGCCGCUUCAGCCGUCACUUCAACUACCUGUCCUUCACGGAGAUGGAGGACAGCAGCAAACUGAAGAUCUUCUCAACCAUCCUGGGGAGCUGGAUGGGUGUAUCAGAGCUCCAGUCCCUAAACGAGCCCUUGGUGAAUGCCACUAUUAAAGUCUACUCCACCAUCUCCGCUCAGCUGCUCCCCACCCCGGCCAAAUCUCACUACACCUUCAACCUGAGGGACCUGUCCAAGGUGUUCCAGGGCAUUCUGAUGGCAGAUGUGACCAAGACAUCGGACAAGCAGCUGCUGCUCCGCCUGUGGUACCACGAGAGCUGCCGCGUGUUCCAGGACCGGCUGGUGAACGAGGAGGACAGGAGCUGGUUCGACGAGCUCCUGAGGACCAGGAUGCAGGAGUUCGGCACCAGCUUCGAGGAGGUCAUUCCCAGCAGACCAGUCCUGUUCGGGGACUUCAUGGUGCCAGGGAGUGAAAAGAAAGUGUACGAGCUCAUUGAAGACAAAGAGAAGAUUGUGCGAGUGAUCGAAGAAUACAUGGAGGAUUUCAACCAGAUCAGCACAACGAAAAUGAAGCUGGUUCUGUUCAUGGACGCCAUUCAGCACGUGUGCCGGAUCAGCAGGAUCCUGCGGCAGCCGCUGGGCAACGCUCUGCUGCUAGGGGUGGGAGGCAGCGGCCGGCAGUCCCUCACCAAGCUGGCCUCACACAUGGCUGAAUAUGAAUGUUUCCAGAUUGAACUUCCCAAAAACUAUGGGAUGUCAGAAUGGCGCGAAGACAUCAAAGGCAUAAUGCUGAAGGCAGGGAUGCACAAUGCUCAGAUCACCUUCCUAUUUGUUGACACACAGAUAAAAAAUGAAUCGUUCCUGGAGGACAUCAACAACAUUUUGAACUCCGGGGACGUCCCCAACCUGUACACUCUGGAUGAGCAGGAUCAGAUCAUGGCUGCGAUGAAGCCUGUAGUCCAGGAUCUGGGUCAGCAGCCCACCAAGUCCAACCUGCUGGCUGCGUACAUCAGACGAGUGCGCAGCAACAUCCACACCGUGCUGUGUAUGAGCCCGAUUGGAGAGGUGUUCCGCGCUCGCCUGCGGCAGUUCCCGUCUCUCGUCACCUGCUGCACCAUCGACUGGUUCAACGAGUGGCCCUCGGAGGCCCUGGAAUCCGUGGCGUCUUCAGUCCUGCAGGAAAUCCCCGCUCUCGAGUCCAGCCCGGCUGUUAUUGAGGGACUGAUCCACAUGUGCGUGGAAAUCCACCAGAUGGUUGCCAGAAAAAGCAAACAAUAUUUAGCUGAGCUGUCAAGACACAAUUACAUCACGCCCAAGAGCUACCUGGAGCUGCUCAGCAUCUUCUCCAAGCUCAUCGGGAUGAAGAAGAGCGAGCUGAAGAGCGCCAAGCAGCGCAUGAAGACCGGACUGGAUAAGGUGGACACUGUGGUUGCUGAGGAGACGCGAGCGGCCGUACAGGAGGAGGAGGCCAAGGCUUUGGAGAAGGCUCAGAUAGCGCAGGCGAUCGCAGACGACGCUCAGAAGGACCUGGACGAAGCCCUGCCCGCGCUAGAUGCUGCGCUUGCUAGCCUCAAAUCACUCAACAAGAACGAUGUGAUCGAGGUUCGAGCGAUGCAGCGCCCCCCACAGGGCGUGAAGCUGGUCAUUGAAGCCGUCUGCAUCAUGAAGGGGAUCAAGCCCAAGAAGAUCGCCGGAGAGAAACCCGGCACUAAGGUGGACGACUACUGGGAGCCGGGCAAGGGUCUUCUGCAGGACCCUGGGAAGUUUCUGGAAAGUCUUUUUAAGUUUGAUAAGGACAACAUUGGAGAUGCAGUUAUAAAAACAGUUCAGCCCUACAUCGACAACGAGGAGUUCCAGCCAGCGGCCAUCGCGAAGGUGUCAAAAGCCUGCACCUCGAUCUGUCAGUGGGUCCGCGCCAUGCACAAGUACCACUUCAUAGCCCGGGCCGUGGAGCCGAAGAGGCAAGCGCUGCGCGAGUCCCAGGAAGACCUGGCGGUCACUCAGAAGAUCCUGGACGAGGCAAAGCGACGGCUGGAGGAGGUAGAGGGGGGCAUCGCCAUGCUACAGGCCAAGUACAAGGACUGCGUGUCCAAGAAGGGGGAGCUGGAGGUGAAAUGUGCGCAGUGCGAGCAGAGGCUGGUCCGAGCCGACAAGCUAAUAACAGGCCUAGCUGAUGAGAAGGUGCGCUGGCAGGACACGGUUUGCAAUCUGGAAUACAUGGUGAACAAUGUGGCCGGCGACGUGCUGCUCUCUGCAGGAUACGUGGCUUACCUGGGGCCCUUCACUGGUGAAUAUCGGGCAGCGAUGGCUGACGAGUGGCUAAAGAAAUUCAAUGAGUUCGGUGUCCCUCACACCAAAGAGCCAAACCUCAUCGGGACACUGGGAGAGCCUGUCAAGAUUCGCUCCUGGCAGAUCUCCGGUCUUCCGAAAGACAGCUUGUCGGUGGAGAAUGGAGUCAUUGCGCAGUACUCACAGCGCUGGUGCCAUUUCAUCGACCCACAGGGACAGGCUAACAAGUGGAUCAAGAACAUGGAAAAAGACAAAGGCAUCGAUGUGAUCAAGCUGAGUGACCGGGACUUCCUGCGCAGUUUGGAGAAUGCCAUUCGCUUUGGGAAGCCGUGCCUGCUGGAGAAUGUAGGAGAGGAGCUGGACCCAGCCUUAGAGCCGGUGCUGCAGAGAGAGACAUACAGACAUCAAGGCAGUUUGGUACUAAAGCUGGGGGAUGCUGUCAUCCCUUACCAUCAUGACUUCAAAAUGUACAUCACCACCAAACUGCCCAACCCUCAUUACUCUCCAGAGAUAUCCACCAGAGUUACACUCAUCAACUUCACACUGUCGCCAAGCGGCCUGGAGGACCAACUCCUGGGGCGCGUGGUGGCGGAGGAGCGCCCCGACCUGGAGGAGGCGAAGAACCAGCUGAUCGUGAGCAACGCCAAGAUGAGGCAGGAGCUAAAGGAGAUCGAAGACCAGAUCCUGUUCCGGCUGAGCUCCUCCGAGGGGAACCCCGUGGACGAUGAGGAGCUCAUCAAGGUGCUGGAGGCGUCCAAGAUCAAGGCAGGAGAGAUCAAGGCCAAGGUGACGGUUGCUGAGCAGACGGAGAGGGACAUCGACCUGACCCGUCUGCAGUACGUCCCUGUAGCGGUCCGAACCCAGAUCCUGUUCUUCUGUGUGUCCGACCUGUCCAACGUGGACCCCAUGUACCAGUACUCCCUCGAGUGGUUCCUCAGCAUCUUCAUGGCAGGGAUCAGCAACUCCGAGGGGGCAGACACUGUUGAGAAGAGGAUAGUGAACAUUAAUGACUACUUCACAUUCAGCCUGUACUGCAACGUGUGCCGCAGCCUCUUUGAAAAACACAAACUCAUGUUCGCGUUUCUGCUGUGUGUCAGGAUCCUGAUGAACGAGGGACAAAUCGACAUGGGGGAAUGGCACUACCUGCUGUCAGGAGGAGCAGUCCAGAACUGCUCUCCCAACCCAGCCCCUGAUUGGCUGUCGGAUCGAGCCUGGCAAGAUAUCCUAGCCUUGACGGGACUCCACAAUUUUUCUAACUUGGCAGACAGCUUCACUGAGCACCUGGGUGAAUUCAAGGGAAUAUUCGACAGCAGUGAACCUCACAGAGCGACCUUGCCAGGUAGCUGGCAGACCUGUCUGGACUCCUUUCAGAAGCUGCUGAUCCUGCGGUGUCUCCGGGCUGACAAAGUCACCAAUGCCAUGCAGGACUUUGUUUCCAUCACCCUGGGGCAAAGGUUCAUCGAACCACAGGCCUCGGAUCUGUCUGCAGUCUUCAAGGAGUCCUCCCCCACGACCCCUUUGAUAUUCGUGCUGUCUCCCGGGACAGACCCGGCUGCAGAUCUGUAUAAGUUUGCUGAAGUAAUGAAGUUCUCCAAAAAGAUGAAUGCCAUAUCCCUGGGACAGGGCCAGGGCCCGAGAGCUGAAGCCUUGACUCACGAAGCGAUGGAGCGAGGGAAGUGGGUGUUCUUCCAGAACUGCCACCUCGCACCCAGCUGGAUGCCUUCCCUCGAGAGGCUCAUCGAAACCAUUGAUGUGGACAAAGUUCAUCGUGAUUUCCGUCUCUGGCUGACCAGUCUGCCCAGUAAUAAGUUCCCAGUCUCCAUCCUCCAGAACAGCUCCAAGAUGACCAUCGAGCCCCCUCGCGGGAUCAAAGCAAACCUCAUGAAAUCCUACUCCAGCCUCAGCGAUGAUUUCCUCAACUCCUGUGCCAAGACAGACAAGUUCAAAUCCCUCCCGCUGUCCCUGUGCUUCUUCCAUGGGAAUGCCAUCGAGCGCAGGAAGUUUGGUCCUCUGGGGUUCAACAUUCCCUACGAGUUCACGGACGGAGAUCUCCGGAUCUGCAUUGACCAGUUAAAGAUGUUCCUGGAUGAGUACAGGGAGACACCCUACAAGGUUCUGAAGUACACCGCUGGCGAGAUUAACUAUGGGGGGCGUGUUACUGAUGACUGGGACAGGAGAUGCAUCCUCAACACCCUGGAGGAUUUCUACAACGCCAGCGUCCUGAGCGAAGAGCACUCGUACUCGAAGUCCGGGAUUUACAGGCAGAUAAGCACCGCCUUUGAUCUGAACGGCUACUUGCAGUACAUAAAGAGCCUGCCGAUCAACGACACACCAGAGAUAUUCGGUCUCCAUGACAACGCCAACAUCACCUUUGCCCAGAACGAAACCUUUGCUCUGCUCAACGCAGUGGUCCAGCUGCAGCCCCGAUCCUCAGCCAGUGGGGGGAGAGGCAGGGAGGAGAUUGUGGAGGAAAUCGUUGGUAACAUUCUGGUGAAGAUCCCAAAGCCCAUCGAUGUGCAGAAUGUGAUGGAGAAGUUUCCAGUCCUGUACGAAGAAUCCAUGAACACUGUGCUGCUGCAGGAGGUCAUCAGGUAUAACCGGCUGCUGAAGGUAAUCUCCCAGAGUCUCAACGACCUGCUGAAAGCACUGAAGGGGUUGGUGGUGAUGUCAUCACAGCUGGAGCUGAUGUCAAACAGCUUAUUCAACAACGCUGUCCCGGCGCUGUGGCAAGCCAAGGCGUACCCUUCUCUGAAGCCUCUGGCGUCCUGGGUGACGGACCUGCUCCAGCGAUUGCAGUCCCUGCUGACCUGGAUCAGGGAGGGCAUCCCGCCUGUAUUCUGGAUCAGCGGCUUUUUCUUUCCGCAAGCCUUCCUCACCGGCACGCUCCAGAACUUUGCCAGGAAGUCCGUCAUCUCCAUCGACACCAUCGGCUUCGAUUUCCAGGUUAUGAAGGAGUCACUGAGCCAGCUGACAAAGCGUCCUGAAUCAGGGUGCUAUAUCCACGGCCUGUUCAUGGAGGGGGCUCGCUGGGAUCCCGGCUCCUUCCAGCUGGCGGAGUCCAGACCCAAGGAGCUCUACACCGAGAUGGCGGUGAUCUGGCUGAUCCCGGUGCCCAACAGGAAGGCACCCACCUCGGGGGUUUACAUCUGCCCCAUCUACAAGACCCUCACUCGAGCAGGGACUCUUUCAACGACUGGUCAUUCCACUAACUAUGUCAUUGCCGUGGAGCUGCCAACCGAGCAAUCUCAGCGGCACUGGAUCAAGCGUGGAGUGGCUCUUAUUUGUGCCCUCGACUACUAACACAAACAAACCAACACAGAACCCGUCCAUUACAGCCCAGUGCUGCUCUAGCCUAUAAUGUUGAUUUUCUAAUAAGAAUGUACAAAUGCACUGGUUUGACUGUAUUGUUUUGUUCAUGUGCGCUGUGUUUUGUUGUGCGAGUGUGUUUGUCUAGGUGCUGGGCGGUAAGCAUGCUCCAUGCUGAAGCUAGCUGUUUGUUGCAGUGCUCUGUGAAGGGUCACCUUUUCCUUCAGGGAUCGGAUUUCACAGCAGCUUGGCAGCCUGUGCUGUGGCAGCUGAUCAUAAAGGAGUUAUUUUUAACCCUGCACAUCCUGAUGAUUUUCUGUGAUGGCACUUCAUUGCGUUACACAAAACGAUACUGCACAAGGAGAUCGAAACGUACAGAAAAAAGCUCCGAAACACACGCUCACCGGGAAUGUAGCCAACAAAAAGAAAAAGCAAUAAUAUUGAAAUAUUUACGCCAUACAUGUUUAAAAUCAUCUAGGGCUAUUAAAAGCUAUUCUGUUUGCCAAAUCUGUAUAAUUAUUUAUUCAAAGAAAAUUCUACUUUACAUGAGUUAAUAAUAUUCUCAUAGCAUCCGACAUUGAUAAAAAAGCUGCAAGUUUUAUUUUA